AAUUGAUCAUUCGUUUUUGCUGUAAAGAAAGCUAAAAACAAACAACAGAGCCCACUCUUCUUCUUCUUCUUCUUCAUCAUCGUCCCUAACGAUCGUUAUAGUCAACACUUUUUUUGAUUCUCCUCUCUCUCUCUCUCUCUCCAAUUCAAUCUCCGCGUACGGUACGUCUCCGACUUUCUAUCCCUUCCCCACGUCUCUCUCCUCCCUUUCUCUUUUUUUUUUUCAUUUCAUUUUCCCUGUCCACGCGCCAUGUCUAGUUUAGGGCUAACGAACUGAUGAGAAAUUGUUGAAUUAUCGCAUUUGAUCUCUUUUUUUCUCCACGAUCGGUUCCCUCCUACCUGUUGAUUGAGCUCACCAAUCACCGAUUAGGAAACAACCUGGAGACGAAGAAGAGGAAGAGGAAGAAGAAAAAAAGAUGAUGAGUGAUCGGUCGGAGCUCAGAGUCCACCUACGGAGAUCGUUUGACAUUAUGAUCAAAACCUCCUACAGAUGGAUCUGCAAUCAUCCCUUCCUCCUCGGCUUCGUCGCGUUUUUGUACCUUCUCCACAGAACGUGUCCUCUUCUGUUCUCCGCCUUGGUGGUUGCAUCUCCCGUCUUGGUGUGCACUCUCGUUUUGCUUGGAACGAUUCUGAGUUUCGGAGAGCCGAACGUACCUGAGAUCGAGAAGGAGAAACCGGAGACUGUCUACGAGGCUGCUCCUUUCAGAACCGAGGUCUCGAGGGAUCCUUUUUCUACUGUUGUUGUUGAGAGAGGUGGUGGUGGUGGUGGGGAGAGUUUUAACGUGGAGAGGUUCCUGGGGAGGGAGAAAGAAGAAGAAGAUGUGGUUUUGGAUGGGAAGGAUGUUGCUGAUGGUUUAGUGGAGAAUCUUCUGAGUGAGGUUGAUGACGAUGGGAGACCUUUUGAUUAUAGGCCUUUGGUUGAUGAGACUCUUGAUGAGGUGAAACGUGGUGGUACUCAUGUGAGGUUUGAGGAGAGAGCUUUUGUUGUGGACGUGGAUAAGAAGAGAGAUGGGGUAAUUGGAACUGAACAAUCAUUAGAUGCAAUGAUGGACGAUUCAAAGGAAGAUCAGAUGGAUGUAUCUCCGGUUUCUCCUUGGAGACCGAUGAGGCACGAGGAGGACGAGGAUGAUGAUGCUGAUGACUCGCUGGACUCUGGUUCAGACGGUGCGGAAAGCUCUUCGCCUGAUCCUUCUAUGACUGACAUCAUCCCCAUGCUUGACGAGCUUCACCCGCUUUUACACACGGAGAAUCCAGGUCGUGGCGUUGCGGAUCUUGAUGGAUCGGAUGCGGCUUUAGAAGGGCCGCAUAGGAGUAGUAGUGAUGAAGGGAUGGAGUCUGAUGUUGACAGCGAAAGUAAUGGAGAGGAGGGAGAUAACGAGAACGAAGAGGAAGAGGAGGAGGAAGACGAGGAUGAAGAAGAGGAAGAGGAGGAGAAGAAGGAAGAGAAGGAUGAUGAAAGCAAAUCAGCUAUCAAGUGGACAGAGGCUGACCAGAAGAAUGUUAUGGAUCUUGGAACUCUCGAGCUCGAAAGAAACCAACGGUUGGAGAAUCUCAUCGCUAGGAGAAGAGCUCGCCACAAUAUGAGAAUGAUGGCUGAGAAGAAUCUGAUUGAUUUCGAUAGUGCUGAGAUUCCCGUUAAUAUGCCGCCAAUCUCAACUGCAAGGAAUCCAUUUGAUCUUCCGUAUGAUCCGUACGAUGAUAUGGACAUACCAGGCUCUGCUCCGUCCAUUAUGUUCGCUAGGAAGAAUCCAUUUGAUUCUCCAUUUGAUCCGAAUGAAGAAAAGACAGACGUCAAGGGUGACGGUUUCGAGGAAGAGUUAUCUUCUCAGCAACCGAAGGAUCAAGUGUUCAGAAGACAUGAGAGUUUUAGCGUUGGUCCAUCGAUGCUCGGAGGUCCCAGGCAUGAUAGGCUGCGUCCUUUCUUUGUGCUGGAAAGAUUAGCAAACGAGGGAACGAGCUAUUAUCCAUAUGAAAGGCAGCUCAGUGAAGUUAGUGAAUCAAAAGUCAGUUCUGUUCCUGAUACUGAAUCUGUGUGCACAAUCCUGGAGGAUGACGAAAAGAAGGUGGAUGAACAGGAUGCUGAUAGAGAUACAGAAAAGGCUUCUGACCGUGAUGAAGAAAAAAUGCAUUCCGCUUCUGACCAUGAUGAUGAAGAAAAGAGCCAUUCAGGUUCUGACCGUGAUGAAGAUAAAAGCCAUACGUCAGAAGAUUCCGAUUCUGAUGAACAAGGUGAUAGCAGGAAUCUUCAUCACGACGUGGCUGAGAUUGUACUGGGAAGUCCAGAGGCAAAUCAUGAGGAAUCAAACGUGACGGACGGAGAAACUUCUGAUAAGUCAAAACAUGAUAAUGAAGAGGAUUCCAGUGAUAGUGAUUCAUCCUUAUCAGAGACAGAAGAAGAGAUAGGGGAUGUUAGUGAGAAUGAAGCAACGAUGGUCUCUGAGCAGAAAGUUGAUCUUCAUGAAGAAUCAGAAGCUUCUUCUUUUGGAGGAUUAGAAAUCCAUGUUCCAAGAGGGGUGGAUGAUGAUGAUUAUCACCAUGAUCAUGAUGUAGCGCCUGCUUUCAUUACUGCACGCCCCUCGCUGGAGGACUUAGCAGCUCAUGAUCUUAGUGUGGAUGACCACCACGUAGAACCUGUUUACGAUACGAGUCCUCGUUCUGGCAGUAGGUUCCCAUCGUUUUCUUCGGUGUCGUCUGAUUACAAACCGGAUCUACCUGAAAAGAGUGUGGAAGAAGUACAGGAAAAUGCAGACAAUGAAGGUGAAAAUGCGGAAAUUCAUUCCACUCCUGAUGAGACUGAGAGAAGUACAAGGGAAGUAGGAGAGAGUAGCUCACAUGUUACAGGAGAGGCAAACCUUCACACCGGGGAGGUUGGCGGAGUUGAAGGUCACGAAGAUCUGCAUGAGGAAGUAAAAGAAGUAUCUUCAGGGAUGCUUGAACAACAUCUCCCAGUUGAGCAUACAAGUUCACCUGAUGUGGUACAAGACAUAGCUGAAACUUCAGUUAACAGAUCAGUAUCUGAAGGGAUAAUGCACGAGGAACAGGAUAAACAAAAGGCUGAAGCAAUUCUUCAAACAUUCAACGCAGACAUCCCAAUAGACAGUUACUCCACUUUGUCUUCUGGAGCAGUUGAGUAUGCUGAGACGCAUUCAUUUAAUGAUGAAGAUGUUCAGCAGUCGGAGCAAGAUUCAGUUCAGUCAUCAGUUUCUGAUGCCAAGGAAGAAACACACCCCAACCAAACUAUGGAUAUUGAAGUAGACUCUGUGAAUGCUAGUGUCCAAAAUGUGGGAUCCGAGGAAACGACUCCUUAUGAAUCAGAUAGAGAACUGACCUGGUCUGAUAAAUCUGUGGUCGAACAAUCAUCACCUGGACCUGGUGAAGAUCAAGCACCAGCUCGUGCAGCUCCUGUUAGUGUGGUAUUUUCCCGCAACAUCACUUUCCACGAGUAUCAUGAUGCUCCUGAGGAUACAGCCGAUUUAUCUUGUUUGACAUCUGACACAUCCUCAUCUCCAGCAGAGUCUCCUGAGUACAAAACACCUAUGGUUGGUGAAGGCUCAAGGGCGGAGUUCUUCCAAGAGACUGUUUACGACGAGCUUGACCAUGUGGUGGAGCGGUUAGAUCAGCUUACAGAUUUACAUGCAAUAUCUGAAACUCCUCCUGAAGUUAUCAACGAAGAGGCAGACGAGAUCAAAGAGAUUGAUGAAGGAUUGUUGUCUGAACUCGACACGAUUGGAGACUUCAGUGUUAAGGAAGUUGUGACAGAUUCUGAACCUGGGCCAUCUUCGAUAGGAUCAGAGACUGCCAACGAACUGACGGAAGCUCUGCCUGUUUUGGAAGCGAGAUCGGUUGAAGACAUAGAAUCUGCUUUCCAGCAGAUCAAUGAAGGAUCUGAGGUUGAGGAUGUUAUUCUUCCUAGUACCGUUCAAGACCAGUUGGCUCAAGAAAAUUAUGGAACCGAGUCAGAUUUGACAGUUGUGGAAGCUACAUCGAAGGAUGAUCUAGAUACUGCUAUGAACCAGGCUGUUGAAGAGAGCAUGGGCAAGCAGCCAAAGUCACCAGAGCCAGAAGGUGGGUCUGGAGAUGUCAAGAGUGCAGUAGAAACCGAAUCAUCAGGGUCUUCAGUUGAAGAAAGGUCUCUUGAUGAGACAAAUGUUCAUCUGAACAACACACCUGUGAAAGAAGAAAAGAAAGAGGAAGAGGAAAGUAGACUGAAAGAGGAGGGAACCACAUCCGAUGUAUCGUCUAUCGAAACUCGAUCACUGGAGGAAAUCCCAAAACCUUCUGAACCAAAAGAGGAGAUGGCCAUGGAAGUAAUCUCUGAAAGAGUGGUGAAUCCUACAGAAAAUGUAACAGUCAGUGAUGAAGUUGUGACUGAGGAAGCAAAAGCUGAGACCUCAAGCAAUGCUGAUGCGAUUGUACAGAGUCAUGAUUCCAAAGAAACUCCGGAAAUUUCAGGGGAAAGCAUUGCAGAGCAAAAAGAGAAGACAGAGAAGAAGAAGGACAAGAAGAAGAAGGACAAGAAGAAGAAGGAGAAGAAGAGUAAGUCCAAUUCUUCAAGCUCGAGCUCGAGCUCAAGCUCUAGUUCAAGUGACUCAGAUUGAAAGAUCGAAGGGUAACACAUCUGAACUCAAGUAAAUAUAUGUUUGUUACGUGGUAAUGAUAGGCACUUCUGGGUUUUGUGUUUUUCAUCAGACUGUGUGCUCUGUUUUAAGAGGGGCAAGAAGAAGCCGCUAAUCUUUUUUUUUUGUACCGAGUUUUCUCUUUUUUUGCUGGUUUUGUGUGUCUGCGUUUUCCUUCUCUCCUAUUUCAGCUUUCAUAUUUAUUGAUUCGAUUGAUUUGUAUCUCUUCAUCAGACUGUGUGCUCUGUUUUUGGUUUGUGACUUGAAAUAUGCAGCUCUAUAAAUUGGAUUGUAUUGAACAUGGGAAGUGAGAGCUGAGAAAGUGUAUUGCUGUUUGGAUUUUUCUUUGAACGUGUUGAGUUUGAGUUGCUAGUAGUGUAAGCACUGUAAUCUAUAAGAAUGGACUCUUACCUACUACCUAACAAGGGUUUGGCUUUUCGUUUUCA